AUGGGCAGGCCCUUUUUUGACGACGGCGAAGAGAGUUCCAAGCCGCUUCUCGCUGACAGCGAAGCGGAGCAGCGGACGGACGAGGAGGAGUGCGCUGGCGGCAGGCGUAUGCGGACCAUAGACCGGAUCCACGAGCGCGAAACGUACACGGAUUCGAUGCCCGGCGACGCCGCCCUAAGCGCCGCCAACGAUCUGCCGGAGAUCUUGCCGAGGUCGCACGCGAAGCCGUCCAACCCGUUCGCGCAGGACGCGAGCCAUCCGGACUUCCGUCUGUACGAGAACCAUGAGAACCUGUUCCUGAGGAACAUGUCGCAGCGGCACUCCAGGGAGGCGAGGGGCCCGAGGCUGCUGCGCCAGAGCUCCGAGCCGCUCACGGAAAGGAGGCCGGCCCAGCUGCAGAAGAGCCUCUCAACGGAGCAGAGGAACGAGAAAUGCCCAAGCCCGACCGCAGAGCAGCGAAGCGAGAGCAGCAAGGCGGCGCCCGCAGAGCAGCGAAGCGAGUGCCCCAACGCGUCCACAGAGCAGCGAAGCGAGAGCUCCAAUACGUCCGCAGAGCAGCGAAUAGACAGCAAGGCCGCUGAUCAGAGGAACGACGCAGCCAAGCCGGAGAGCAGCCCGCCCAAGUCCCGCAUACCGGUCGCCAGCUUCCGCUACCCGAACAAGAGCGAGCUGAGGCCGAACUCCAACGAGGGCUCGCCUCUGAAGAAUCGCGACGACAGGCGCGAGCGGCCGGCGACGCCGCGUGAGGAAGAUGACGCCGAGCCGCCGGAGUACCAGAACGUGCUGAAGCCCGAGCCUAGAGAAGGGUCGGCGGACGAGCGGACGGAGGCGGAGAGGGCGGAGAGAGUGGGGAAGCGGUCGGAGGGGGAGGACGUGCCGCCGCCGAUACCGAGCCUGCCCGUCAGCCCAAGAACAUUGAUAGCCAACGCGUACUACGACAAGUUGCUGUCCGAGCCGGAGAUCCAGCAGGCGCUGCUGCCCCACAACCUGGAGAAGAACGCCGACGAGUGCUUCAAGAGGGCGCUGCUGUUCCCGCUGCUGGAGAUAGACCCGCCCAAGCAGUGCCUGUUCCUCCUGGUCGACGCGAUCGACGAGGGAUCCCUGAACGGUUGCGCCGGCGAGGUGUCCGAUGGCGUGGCAGCGCUCCUGGCCCGCCACCAGCACCUGCUCCCGCACUGGCUGCUCCUCGUGUGCACCGCCCGCCGCCACUGCAAGGGUCUCACCAAGAUGUUCACCGGCUUCAGGAAAAUCACAUUAGACGAGUUGCAGAGGGCGCACGUGUCGGCCGACGUGCAAAGAUACGUCCUGGCGCGUUUGGACACCGAGCCCAAGCUAAGGGCGCGUGUCUCGAGCGAUUCCACUGCGGCGGCCGCCGCUGCAGCCGCGCUCGACCAUCUCAGAAUUAAAAGCGACGGCUGUCUUCUGUACUUGGAGAAGGUCCUGGACGGCGUCGCUGACGGGUUCAUAGCGCUGCGGGAGAUAAGAGAGAUACCGGGCACACUCAACGGCUUGUACCUUUGGCUGGCGCAGAGGCUGUUCCAUGGACGGCGGUUCACUAAGGUCCGUCUACUGCUGGACGUGCUGCUGGCAGCCCGCUGCGGCGUCACCGAGGAGAUGCUGUACAAAUGUCUCCUCACCAAGGAGUACAGCGUCACCAGGGAGGACUUCAACCGUCGACUCCACUUGCUACGAAGGAUCCUGGUCAUGGAGCGCUCCACCGGCUUCCUGUCCAUCUUCCACCACUCGUUCGCCAAGUGGCUGCUGGACGUGAAGCACUGCACCCGCCGCUACUUGUGCUGCCCCGCGGACGGACACGCCGCCCUCGCGAUGUACUACACCCUGGACGCGAAGAGACUGAGUGCAUUGGAGAUUCAUAACUACGUCUAUCAUAUGACGCAUCUCGAACAACACAUGAACGCGCAGAAGAAAAACAAGCAGGGCGAUCUAGAAGGGCUCGACCUCCAUACCCUCAUCCUGCUCUGGGUUCUGGACUCCGGCUGCGACGUGGAAUCCGCUCUCAAGAGAGAGACGGAAACAGUGCGACAGAUAGAGAGGAUCGAUUCGGAGAACAACGAAAUUAAACCGGAAAUGCCAGAAGCGGAUCCAGAAUCGGAGGGCAGGGACUCAACAUCCGAGCCGUCCGCUUUGGAGACCCUGAUGCCGGAGCUGGUGGGCGGUGGCGCCGGCGCCCGUUGGCCUCGCGACCGGCGCGUGCUCAGAGCCCUCCUCGAGCUGAGCCGCGCCGAGGAGGCGCCCGCGGAACCGGACAACGGCCGCCUGGACGAGCAGGAACUUCACGAUCUGUUAACGAUAGAACAGCCCGUCGAAAGCGAAGACAUCCCUGAGGGCAGCGUCGAAGAGCAGGAGGACGUGAUACUAGUGGAUCCUAGUACAGUACACGAGCUGGCGACACGUGGUGACGAGGAGACGCUCGCCGUCUUGCUGAAGCGCUACCCGCAGCUCGCGCAGGCUACGGACGCCUCUGGCAGUACGGCGCUGCACGCGGCUGCGCGGGGCGGGCGCGCGGGCUGCGCCGCCCUGCUACUGCGCGCUGGCGCCGACGCGUCAGCCGCCGACGCCGACGGCUGGAGUCCACUGCGCGCCGCCGCCUGGGCCGGCCACAGCGAGGUCGUUGAAGUUCUGCUCGAACACGGCUGCGACGUGGACUGCGUGGACGCAGACAAUAGAACUGCUCUGAGGGCGGCCGCGUGGUCGGGCCACGAGGCGGUGGUGGGGCGGCUGCUCGCGGGCGGCGCGCGGCCCGACCUGGCCGACGCGGAGGGGCGCACGCCGCUCAUCGCCGCCGCGUACAUGGGCCACGCGGACAUCGUGCGCGCGCUGCUCGACGCCGGCGCCGACGUGGACCACGCGGACGCGGACGGUCGGACGGCGCUCGCCGUGGCGGCGCUGUGCGCGGCGGGCGCCCCCUGCGCCGCCCUGCUCAUCGAGCGCGGCGCCGACGUGCACAAAGCGGACAGGGACAGGGCUACGCCCCUCCUCGUCGCGGCCUUCGAGGGGCACACCGAGAUCUGCGAGCUGCUCCUGGAGGCGGAGGCGGACAUCGAGGCGAGCGACCUGGCGGGGCGCACCGCGCUGUGGGCCGCCGCGUCCGCCGGCCACGCGCGCACCGUGCGCCUGCUGCUCUUCUGGGGCGCCUGCGUCGACAACAUGGACGCCGAGGGGCGCACCGUGCUCAGCACCGCCGCCGCACAAGGUAACGUGGAAGUGGUCCGUCAGCUACUGGACCGUGGUCUGGACGAACACCAUCGCGAUAAUUCUGGCUGGACACCACUUCACUAUGCCGCUUUCGAAGGCCACGUCGAGGGGGCGCUGAUGCUCGCCGCCCAGGAGGGGCACACGCGCCUCGCGGAGCUGCUGCUGGACGAGUGGGCGGCGCCCGUCGACCAGCACGCGCACGACGGCAAGACCGCGCUCAGGCUGGCCGCGCUCGAGGGCCACUUCGAGACGGUGUCGGCGCUGCACGCGCGCGGAGCGGACGUGGACGCGCUGGACGCCGACCGGCGCAGCACGCUGUACGUGCUGGCGCUGGACAACCGGCUCGCGAUGGCCAGGCAGCUGCUGGCGUGCGGCGCCAGCGUGCACUGCAGCGACAGCGAGGGUCGCACUCCCUUGCACGUGUCAGCUUGGCAAGGGCACACGGAAAUGGUCAAUUUGCUAAUAACAGUCGGCGGCGCUCGAGUGGACGGGCGCGACCGUUGCGCGCGCACUGCGCUGCACGCGGCGGCGUGGCGCGGGCGCGGCGCGGCGCUGAGGGCGCUGCUCCGGCACGGGGCUUCCCCCGCGGCGGUGUGCACGCAGGGCGCCACGCCCCUCGGCAUUGCGGCACAAGAAGGCCACGAGGAGUGCGUGCUGUGGCUGCUGCAACACGGUGCAGAUCCAAUGCAAGCCGACCACUGCGGACGAACGCCGGCGAAGGUGGCGUGGCGCGCCGGGCACGCCAACAUAUGCCGCCUGCUGGAGCGGUGGGCGGCGCCCUCAGCCCCCGCCGCCCCCGCACCGCCCGUCCACGCACCCGCCCCCGCACCUACUCUCGACGAACCGUCCCACCCCCGCCCAGCGGGUUCGCCCGAGUACAAGCGCCGCAGCGUCCACAGUUCGAACUCGACCAAGUCCUCGUCCAACCUGACCGGCGGCUCGGCGAGGUCGCACGAGCAGACCGAGCAGGAGGCGCCGGCCCACGAUAAGACGAAUCGAGCGAAUCUCUCUCUAUCGUUCGCCCAGCAAGUGGCGCGGUGCGGUAGAGGGCGCCGCGAAAAAGAGAGAGACGAGCCUAUACCUGAACACCACGCAGUAGAAAAGGACGCCAAAUUGAGGAGCUACAUCGCCAACGAACGAGACGCAGAGCUGCACGGGUAUGCGCGCGAGCGAGACAGAAGGCGCGAGGAGAGGCACGGCUACAGCGGGUGCGAGCGGGACAGCACUAGCCCGCUAUAUGCGUCACCUCCCCGCAGCCCCGUCAGUGACAUUUGCAGCCCCACAGCUCAACCCUUGGCUGCUUUCGGCUCUCAGCCGCCAAGCCUGAGCUCGGUGCAGCCCGCCUUGACCGACACGCACUUCAACCGGGACACGCACAUGCGGAUCAUCCUCGGCCGCGACAGCAAGCCCUCCAACGACAGAUCUGACAGCGAGGUGUCGGCGUGGACCGGUCGGAACACGUACAACAGGAUAGUGGGCAGUCUCGGCAGAGCGAGGGGGAGAAUUUUUAAGAAAACCAAGAACAAGAGAAACGGCAUCGUGACGAACCCAGCGAUGAGACUCGUUGCCAACGUUAGGAAUGGACUCGACAACGCCGCUGCGAAUAUUCGUCGGACCGGCGUGGCGCUAGCGGCCAGUGCCAGUUCCGCCAACCCCGCGGUCAAAACCAACGCCUUCCAGUGGCGGAAGGAGACGCCGCUU